AUGACCCCAGCUACCCCUCCAAGUUCUAGGAAUAAGAGAUCAAAUAAGACAGAUUUGCUGCUCGCAACUCCAGAGCGAGCCGCGGAAUCUGAUUCCUCUGGCAUGGUUACUCCGGGGACAGUUAGAGUAAAGGAUAGAUUGCAGCCACCUACUAGACCCAUGAAUUUAACAAGUCCAUGCCCGGCAUUAAAGACACCUGAAUAUACCCCACAUAAGAACAAACAUACGAAACGCAGGAUAGAGUUUGACCAGGAGAAGUUACAACCUGUCAGUAGGGUCUUGUUCGGAUCGGAUUUCCAAGUAGAAGAAACUUCAAACAACAGGACUUUGCUACCACCAAAGAGAACCGGUAUAAUGGAGUCUUUCAAAGGCGUUCAAAGUUAUAAUAUCAAUGAUGAGUAUGCUGUCAAUAACAAAUUCAAACUUGCUAAACAAGAGCCAGGAACUCCAAGUGACAAGAUCACCACCUUUGAACUUGCUAGAAAAUGGCAUAACGAGUCUGGUCUGAAUACAUCGCAAUCAGAAAACGAAGAAGAAAAUAUUCAUAUUGAACAACAACCUACGGCAGUCAACCAACAUAGUAAUUUAGAGAAUCCAUUUCUUUCGAAUAAUAUUGCUGAUGAAAAACUGCGAAAAGAACGUAAAGAGAAGAUGCUACUUGAGGACCCUGAUUUGGAAGAUACAAUCACUUAUGUGAAUAAAGGAGGGAAGGUCGUUUCUAAAAGACAUUUGACUGACGAUGAGAAACAAAGGUUUAAACCUACGAGACUCUUUGCUGAAGAAAUAGAUAGGCAUGAUGGGUAG